AUGGCUGCAGACCAAGCCGCUGACACGGACAUCCAGUCCUAUCAGACGGCCGCUACGGGGCUGCGGUUGAAGGAUGUGGUGUUUGACAGUGCCAACGCCACACUCCUCUGCGACGUUUACACGGGCCAGCCCUGCCCCAUGGUGCUCACCGCCUGGCGAACAAACCUUCUGAGAUCGUUCGUCAUCGAGCGACUAACAGCAGCAGCUGAGGAGAUAUUAGGAGCUUUCGAGAGGACGAUAGAGGAGUAUGAGGACGAGAGAGAGCGACAGAGGAGACUGCUGGACAUGGUGUUGAAGCCCAAGAUCACGUUACACAGAAUAGACUAUGUACAGUUAUCGAAACAGCAGCCUCGUGAGCAGGAGAGGAGCCCCAGUCUGGCCAAGGAGGAACAACAGGAACUCUGGAUCAGUCCACAGGAAGACCAAAUUCCAUUGCAGAAGGUAGCAGAUACCUCUGAGUCCAUAUUUACCCCUCUUUGUGAUGGAAAUGAUGAUGGUAAAGAUCAGCCUCUGCCCUUGCAACUUUACCAAACCCAGACAGAGGGAGACACAGAGCCCCCAGCUGUCACCUCAUUUGAACUGCUACAACUGGAUGUCAAAGAAGACAACUUUUUAAUAUCAGAACCAACAAGGGAAAAGCCUUUCAAAUGCACCACUUGUGGGAGAGAGUUUACCUGGAAGCAUAACAUGGAGAGACAUAUAAGGACUCAUGCAGGGGAGAAGCCAUUCAGGUGCAACACAUGUGGGAAACCAUUCAGAUGCACCACGUGCGGGAAAAUGUUUACCCAGAAGUCAAGUUUUCAAAGGCACGGAAGAACUCAUACAGGGGAGAAGCCAUUCAGAUGCACUGCAUGCGGGAAAAUGUUUACCCAGAAGUCACAUUUACAAGUGCACAUAAGGACUCAUACAGGGGAGAAGCCAUUCAGAUGCACUACAUGCGGGAAAAUGUUUCCCCAUGAGUCAAGUUUUCAAAGGCACGUAAGGACUCAUACAGGGGAGAAGCCACAUAGAUGCAGUACAUGCGGGAAAAUGUUCAUCUGGAAGUCAGAAUUGCAAGUGCACUUAAGUACUCAUACAGGGGAAAAGCCAUUCAGAUGCACCACAUGUGGGAAAAUGUUUACCAAGAAGUCAAAUUUACAAGGGCACAUAAGGACUCAUACAGGGGAGAAGCCAUUCAGAUGCACCACAUGCGGGAAAAUGUUUACCCACAAAUCAAAUUCACAAAUUCACCUUAGGACUCAUACAGGGGAGAAGCCAUUCAGAUGCACCACGUGUGGGAAAAUGUUUACCCGUAAGUCCAAUUUUCAAAAGCACGCAAGAACUCAUACAGGGGAGAAGCCAUUCAGAUGCACCACAUGCGGGAAAAUGUUUACACAGAAGUCAAGUUUACGAUCGCACGUAAGGAUUCAUACAGGGGAGAAGCCAUUCGGAUGCACCACGUGCGGGAAAAUGUUUACCCGGAAGUCACAUUUACAAACGCACAUGAGGACUCAUACAGGGGAGAAGCCAUUCAGAUGCACCACGUGCGGGAAAAUGUUUAACCAGAUGGCAAGUUUACAAAAGCACGUAAGGACUCAUACAGGGGAGAAGCCAUUCAAAUGCACCACAUGUGGGAAAAUGUUUACCCAGAAGGCAAGUUUACAAAGUCACCUAAGGACUCAUAUACAGCAGAGAAGCCAUUCAGGUGCUGCGAUUGUGGAAAUGGUUUCAGCUCAAAAUGUCAUCUCAAAUGACAUGUCAUGACCCACACAGGUGAUAUCGGCACUUCCACAGCCAAUGGGGUCAGCUGCACAACCUGAAGCCAGGAGAUUGGGUGCUGAUAAAGGAUCUAAAAAGCAAACACCGGAGGAAG